AUGAGUGCUUUACAAACGGCGAAGCGCGCGCUUCGGCAGCGCAUGUGCAAGGAACUUGCAGCACUGUCUCGUGCAGAUAUCGAAGAACAAUCGGCUGCCGUGCUUGAACACAUAAAGACGCUUGCUUGCUUUCAACAUGCACGCACUGUGAGCGUUUAUCUUAGCAUGCCGACGGCUGAAAUCGAUACGUGGGAGCUCUGCCGGCACGUGCUCCAUGAGGGCAAACAUCUGUACAUUCCACGGUUUUCGACAUUACCUGCCGGUGCCCAGGCGUCUCAGACGACCCAUAAGUUCACAACUGACAUGCACAUGUUGCGGGUGAUGGACGUGAACGAGCUCGAGCAUGGUCUCACACACAAUCGUUGGGGCAUAGCUGAGCCGGCUCUUACGCUACGCGACGGCACACCACGUGAAAAUGCACUGGACGCAGCUACGGGUGGACAAGGGCUUGAUCUGAUUGUGCUGCCGGGCGUAGCAUUCGAUCUACAGGGUGGUCGUCUGGGUCAUGGAAAAGGCUACUAUGAUCGCAACAACCACAAACGCCGCCAGCGACGGUUGCAUUAG